CUUGCGGCUUGACUCAUCGCCAUGGGACGCAAAUGGGUUGUGCUCGGUGUAAUAUUUUUCUCAGCUGUCAGUGUCAUUGCGAUCGAUCGAACACCCUUAAGGUACGUUCCCUUCCGGUGUCGAGGUGGCAUUUCCGUGUCGAUAACGUUCCGUUGCGAUGGGUUCGCUCACUGCCCGGAUGGUUCAGAUGAGGAAGGCUGUCGGGGCGUAUCGCUCGUUGAAGGACCGCCUGAAAGCGUCACCGUGCAAGAGGGCGAGUGGAUGAAUCUAACGUGUCGGGGAACUGGCGUACCGUCCCCAAGUGUACGAUGGAAAAUGAAUGGAAAAGAGUUACUGGAUCCGGUUUGUGAUUGGGUGUCGGAGGAUGGCGUUGGACAUCUUGCUUGUAAGAUGCGUCUGAUAGAUUCUGGGAAUUAUUCGUGUCAUUUGGUAAAUCCGCUCGGCAAAAUCGAUGUACAACAACUACCAGCAGCACCAGCAGCAGCACCAGCAACCAUGGCCCUCAGCCGUAUCUAUGCAUCAAAGUUGGCCUGUGCCGCCAAUAAGAACUCCCUGCCGGUAAUCGCUACCUUCGUGCGCAAUGCAUCCGACAGCACAGACCUGAAGGCUGUCCUCACGGAGAAGAUCCCGAAGGAGCAGGAGCGCGUCAAGAACUUCCGCAAGCAGCAUGGCAACACCAAAGUCGGCGAGGUCACCGUCGACAUGAUGUAUGGCGGUAUGCGUGGCAUCAAGGGUCUGGUGUGCGAAACGUCCGUGCUUGACCCCGAUGAGGGUAUCCGCUUCCGCGGCCUGUCCAUCCCCGAGUGCCAGCAGGUGCUCCCGAAGGCACCAGGUGGCCAGGAGCCCCUGCCCGAGGGUCUGUUCUGGCUGCUGAUCACCGGCGAUGUGCCGUCCAAGGCUCAGGUCGAUGCGCUGUCCCGCGAAUGGGCGAACCGUGCCGCGCUGCCGUCGCACGUCGUCACCAUGCUGAACAACAUGCCGACCUCGCUGCACCCGAUGUCGCAGCUGAGCUGCGCCGUCACCGCGCUCAACCACGAGAGCAAAUUCGCCAAGGCGUACUCGGAGGGCGUGCACAAGAGCAAGUACUGGGAGUACGUGUACGAGGACAGCAUGGACCUGAUCGCCAAGCUGCCGGUGAUCGCGGCCACCAUCUACCGCAACACGUACCGCGACGGCAAGGGCAUCGGUGCGAUCGACCCGAAGAAGGAUUGGUCCGCCAACUUCACCAAGAUGCUGGGCUACGAGGACGAGAAGUUCACCGAGCUGAUGCGCCUGUACCUGACGAUCCACAGUGACCACGAGGGCGGCAACGUGUCGGCCCACACGGUCCAUCUGGUCGGUUCGGCCCUGAGCGACCCGUACCUGUCGUUCGCCGCCGGCAUGAACGGUCUGGCCGGUCCGCUGCACGGUCUCGCCAACCAGGAGGUGCUGGUGUGGCUGCAGAAGCUGCGCAAGGAGCUGGGCGACAAUGCCAGCGAGGACAAGGUGAAGGAGUUCAUCUGGAAGACGCUCAAGUCGGGCCAGGUUGUGCCCGGCUACGGUCAUGCCGUGCUGCGCAAGACCGAUCCCCGCUACACCUGCCAGCGCGAGUUCGCCCUCAAGCACCUGCCAAACGAUCCGCUGUUCGGGCUGGUCUCGAACAUCUACAAGGUCGUGCCCCCAAUCCUGACCGAGCUCGGCAAGGUCAAGAACCCGUGGCCGAACGUAGACGCUCACUCCGGCGUGCUGCUGCAGUACUACGGGCUGAAGGAGAUGAACUACUACACCGUGCUGUUCGGUGUGUCCCGUGCCCUCGGCGUGCUGGCCUCGCUCGUGUGGGACCGUGCCCUCGGCCUGCCGAUCGAGCGCCCCAAGUCCAUGUCCACCGAUGGACUGAUGAAGGCUACCAGCAAGUAAAGCCCGGGAGGAACAAACAAACACUUAAUUCACACAAACCGUCAACAUACACACACACACAUGCAUCCUUUGCAAAAACUCUAAGCAUAAGUCUUCAUCGAAGUGAAUAAUUUAAACACACAAACACACACGCCAACACACACGUGACUUUCGCAACCGCAAAAGUGCGCGCAUCAGCAGCAGCAGCAGCAACAGCUCAUCACCAUUCAGUCCCGAACCGGCAAAAUCGAACCGAGGAGAAACAAUGGACAAGGGAGGGAGACGGCGGUUAUUUCUAUGCGAUAUUAAGGCUAGCCGGUCGGAUAGUCGGUCACCUCAGGAGAACAGCUAGAGAGAGAGAGAGAGAGAGAGAGAGAGAGAGAGAGAGAGAGAGAGUGAGUGAGCGAGAGAGAAAGAGGGAGAUAGCGAGUAAAGAACACAUAUUAGCAACCAAAAACUACCAAACUCUGCGAUAGUAACUGAGUUAAAAACUAUAGACAGAUAGUUUUUAGAGUGAUAGAAUACAACAACCCCCCGUGUCCCUCCCGAGAAAAAAAAAAACGUUGAAGAUGCUGUCGUCGGUGAGGUGUGUCCCACCGCUUCCUUCCUUCCGAUCGCUCACGCUCAACGCACCACCAACUCCCCCUCGCCCCAAAGGGACUUAAAAGGGAAACAAGAACAACAACGGUGACGGUGAGGCGUGUAUAGGAGCAAGCGCGACAGGAGCACGAUAAUUAAAGGCAAAGAAAUAUGAUAAUAAUAAUACUUAUCCUCUCUCGUAGAGAGUGUCGCAACAUAAAACAAAAACAAAUCUA